CUUAUGUCAGAUAAGACAGUGUAUUUGAAUACUUAGAUGACAGUUUUGAGAAGAGGUCAGAAUGUACAAUGUACUCCAACUCCGGACAAGAUGGACCUACUGUGAAAGAAUUAUGAUACUUCUAUGUUUGUUGAGAUAAAGAAAUAACAUUAUAAUGCCUAGCUUUUUGAAAUAUAGAUUUUGUAUUAAGAUUUAGAAAUGAUAACCAAACUUUUCACUGUUAUAGCAAUAUCCAUAUUUUGUAUAUUUGUAUAUGUUACCAUCAGUGUUCAAAUGAAUAUGUGUCUACUUAUAUCUUUAUUAUACAUAAAGAAAAUGAUGAAAAAGAAAGGUUGGUAUAGUAGUUUUAAUCAUUGGAUUAAAUUUGAAAAUUUUGCUAAUGUAACAAUGAUCACAAUUUCCAUUAUGACAAUAUUACCUUUAUUGUAUUAAAGCAAAUCUAUUUUCCAGAGUUGAAGGAGGCGUUCAAUUUGUUUGACAAAGAUGGCGAUGGCUUUAUUAGCUCUAAGGAAUUGGCGGCCAUGAUGCUCUCCAUUGGGCAAGCCCCGACUGACGCCGAAGUGCGAACAUUUAUAAACCGGUUCGACUGCGACGGUAAUGGAUGUAUAGAUCUACCCGAGUUUAUUACGUUGAUGAUGAAGAAGGAGGAGAUCGACCCCUACUCAAAGAAACAACUAAUAGAGGCAUUCCGAGUGUUUGACAAGGAUAUGAAGGGGUACCUUACGGUCAACCAGAUCAGACAGGCUUUAACCCAACUAGGGGAAGCGCUAUCAUUUGAUGAAGUGGAGGAGCUCAUACACAGUGCCGACAAAAACAAGGACGGGAAUAUCAACUACAAAGAUUUUGUGGAAAUGAUGAAUUCUUAGAAAUGCUGAGAUUACCACGAGAUGAUUAGUGUACAGGAACGCACAAGGACAAGCCACCCACCGCCAUUGUUCUAAUCAUUAUAUUAUACCUUAGCGCAGAAAAGACGAUAUUAUACAAUAUAAUAAAUCAAUAUUCAUUCCUAUUUCGCUUUCUGUCUUAGAAACUAGA